CAUUUUCUUGUUCAGCAAAACCCCUCACUGUCACUCUCCUCGCUCUCGCAAAACCCUAAUUUCAGAGGUCCAAUGGCGCUGCAACAGUUUGGGCGCACUAAGAGCGUGACGAAGCGGUCGACUAAGUAUGUGGAGCAAGCUCUGUACUUGAGGCUGUUCAAGGAUGGUGGCUCCGAGGUGAGCGUUCGUCAGCAGCUCAACGAAGUCCUCAAGAGUCGCAAGCGAGUUUACAAAUGGGAGGUCGGCGACACCCUCAAGAAGCUUCGCGAACGCAAGCUCUACUACCCCGCUCUCAAGCUCUCGGAGGCUAUGGAUAGAAGAGGAAUGAACAAGACAGUCAGUGAUCAGGCAAUACAUCUUGAUCUUAUAGCAGAAAAUUAUUUCAUUGAUCUUCCUGAAGCAGCAAAGACCCAUCACUCAUAUGGUGCCCUGCUCAAUUGUUACUGUAAGGAAUUGAUGACCGAAAAAGCUGAAGCACUCAUGGAAAAGAUGAAGGCACUUAACCUUUCUUUAACCUCCAUGCCUUAUAACAGCCUUAUGACCCUUUACUCAAAAACUGGGCAUCCAGAAAAGAUCCCAGCCAUCAUUCAAGAAAUGAAGGCUGGCGGUGUCAUGCUCGAUUCCUGUUCUUACAAUGUCUGGAUGCGUGCUCUUGCUGCUGUCAAUGAUAUUUCUGGGGUUGAAAGGGUUAUUGAUGAGAUGAAGAGGGAUGGUCGAGUUUCCAGUGAUUGGACCACGUAUAGCAACUUAGCUUCGAUUUAUGUUGAGGCUGGCAUGUUUGAGAAGGCAGAAAAGACACUUAAUGAAUUGGAGAAAAAAAAUGCACGCCGAGAUCUUUUGGCUUACCAAUUCCUUAUUACAUUGUACGGUAAAACGGGGAAUCUGCGUGAAGUUUAUCGGGUAUGGCGUUCCUUGAGGCUGGCUUUCCCUAAAACUGCAAAUAUAAGUUAUCUGAAUAUGAUCCAGGUUUUGGUUAACUUGAAUGAUCUACCAGGUGCAGAGAAAUGUUUCAGGGAAUGGGAAUCGCGGUGCUCAACCUAUGAUAUUCGAGUAGCAAAUGUUUUGAUUGGAGCUUAUGCUAAAGAGGGUAUGCUAGAGAAGGCUAAGGAGCUCAAGGAGCAGGCCCGUAGGAGAGGAGCCAAGCCUAAUGCAAAAACUUGGGAGAUCUUUCUGGAUUAUUAUUUGGAGACUGGAGAAUAUCAGUUGGCUGUUGAUUGUGUUGCCAAUGCGACAUCCAUUGGUAGAGGGGAUGGUGGGAAGUGGAGUCCAUCACGUAAGAUUGUCAAAACCUUGAUGGAGCAUUUUGAGCAAGAGAAGGAUGUUGAUGGGGCAGAAGGUUUCCUGGAGAUUUUGAAGAAGUCUGUAGAUUCCCUAGGGGUUGAGGUGUUUGAGUCAUUGAUUAGAACUUAUGCUGCUGCUGGAAGAACAACACCUUCAAUGCGUGCUCGGUUGAAAAUGGAGAAAUUGGAGGUGGGCGAAGCCAGUAAAAAGUUGCUUGAGGCCGUAUGUGUGGAAUGAGUUUUGUUGGUCUCCCAUAUGCAUUUUUUCAGAAUUUCAAUUUCUAGGAAACGAGUUUGAACGGUCUUGGGGGGGUUUUUGUUCCCGCAAUAAAAUUUUCCUUUCUACACCGUAACAAGUAAUCGAAGGAUUAUUGUUGUAAUUCGAUACUUGGUCAAUUCAUAGUUUAUUAUGUGUUUUACAGUUCCAAAGUGGUCUCUGCGAAUCAAAAUGUUUAGCGGCCCAGGGGCCAAUCAAACUCUACUUUCAUCCUCUGUUUGGACGAAGUAAUUGAAAAUUACAUAGAAUUCUAAAAUGACGGAAGCUAGAUUU